UAUAACCUGACGAAGAAGAGCUAGUGGCUAAUGUGCUAAUGGCUGUUAGCAUCGCUGCUCCUGCUCUGUUCCACUGCCUUUUAGAUGGAGGGGGAGCGAGCAGGUCUUUUUGAGUGUUCACAUCCCAUUAUGCUGGACUGAACCACCUCUGCACCGACUUGUAUCAUUGUAUUGAAGAUGUAGCCUCUCCCAUCCCUUCUCCUCCUCCUCUCUCUUCUUCACACCUGGACAAAUAACCAAAUCUCCUCCACCUCUGCACCUCCAUCAUGCUGUUCUCUCUGCGGGAGCUCGUGCAGUGGCUGGGCUUCGCUACGUUCGAGCUCUUCCUGCACCUGUUGGCGUUUCUGGCGUUCAGCAUGCUAGUGGCCCUCCGCGCGGACAUGUUCACGCCUUUCCUGAGCUGGUGGCUGGUAUUCUCCCCGCUCUUCGCCGCCGACGGCCUCAGCACCUACUUCACGGCCAUCGUAUCCAUCCGCCUGUACCAGGAGAACGAGAAGCGGCUGGCGGUGCUGAGGCUCCUUUGGGUGCUGACCGUGUUGAGUUUGAAGCUGGUGUGCGAGGUGCUGCUGUGUCAGAAGAUGGCCGAGCAGGAGCAGGCCAGAGAGCUGUGGUUUGGGCUCAUUGUGUCGCCGCUCUUCAUCCUCCUACAGCUCUUAAUGAUCCGGGCGUGUCGGGUCAACUAGACUCAGCCAAUCAGAAGAAAGCGAUGGGAGACUAUGGUGGCCCCUCAUAGCCAAAAACCAGCCUGGAUUAUACAUCGGCUUUACAAAUCACACGAAAAAAUAUUGAAUGACGAGCAGUGCAAUCAGAUUUGCGAUUUAUGUUUUUAAUGAUUCGGUUCCAAGUUCACAUUUUCAACACGACAAAGAGACUGAACUAUGAACUGACAAACUUAUACAAGAUUCACAUUUCAGAACAUGUUUGCACAGAUCUAAACUACAGGGUUAGCAGUUUUUAUGCAGAAUAAGACAUGAUUUUGUUUGAGGAAAAAAUGGUACUUAAAAAACUGCAGCAUUUGCCGAUUACAUCAGUUCAAAUUGCGAUUUCGAUUCGAUUGUGAUUAAUCUUUCAGCCUAAUUGUAUUUUCAUGAACAGAAAAACGUUACUACACUGUUCAGGAAAGACUGCAUAAACAUGAAAGAGGCAAAAAGUGACAUCUAUAUUCACCAAAUUAUUUGAGAGAAGAAUAAUUUAUGCUACCAUAAUCUGAACAAAAUCUUUGGAAAAACAUUGGGCCACAUUUACUAGGAGGAAUCUAAUGCAGUACAUACUAAAGGUGGGAAACGCUGACAGAAAUUACAAUCUUUUUUCCCAUAAUAUUACAAUAAUUGAUUCAUUUUUGCACAUUUCUGAAAAUACGGCCCAAAGUAUUGCACAAAAAUGAACCAGAAGAUUUUACAUUUUAAGUAGAGCUGAGCAUAAAUCAGUCUACAUUUUUGAUUUAUUUCACUUUUUUAAAUAGACGACGAUAUACUCAAUAUUCUGAGUUUGAAAAUAUAAAAAUUGCUGGUUUGAAGGUAAUCUUAGACAAUCUAGUGCCCACCUCUACUUCCCACCUUAAAUAUGAUACGUUUAACUAAAUCCCCCGAUUCACACUAUUUUUUUCAACCCUCUACUGCUCAAAUCUUCUCGUAUUGUAACAGAAAUACCCCAAAUACUUUUACCAGAAACAAUGUACACACUCCAAAAGUUAUUGUUCCAGCUUUUAUACACUUUUAUGUGUUUACUUUUAUUUUUUUGUAAAGUUAUUUAUUAUUAUUUCUGUUACAAUAUGAUAAGAUUUGAGCUGUCCUAGUUUGAGUCCAGUUGAGUGGAGAUGUAGCAAUAACCAAAAUAACAUAUUGUCGAAAGUUUCACAAUAUCUCACUAUUUAUCAAAUUACAAGUUUGGCUAUUGCUGCACCACAACAAUGAAUUUAAAGAGAGAAGGAACUACAUAGACCAUGAUCCUUUGCUCUGUUUUAGUGCUUACAUGAAGAAAUAACUUGAGAAGCACUUUUAAAUAUUCAUAAUUUGGAUUAUGACAAAGGCAAAAUCUUAUCAAAGGUGUUUUAAAAGGAUCAAGCUGAAUUUUCACAAGUUUGUUGGCCUAAAAAAAAUGCAAAUGUACCUCAUCGAACUGAGAAAUUGUGAAAAUACUGCAUCGAGAGAUUUGGUUAAUCUUACAUCCCUACAGUUUAGUCUGCAGUAGACCCUUGGCUUGGUUCUGGUCUAGUUCUGGUCUAGUUCUGGUCUAGUCCUGGUCUAGUCCUCGUCUAGUCCUGGUCUAGUCCUCGUCUAGUCCCUGAUUACACCCAAUUUUGACGUGGUUUGAACGCUGCCAAAGUGUUAUACCGCGCAAUACUUUUUAAUGAGCAGCAGCAUCUUUUCCACCACAAAAACACGACUCUCACUUUUACUUUUUAACUUCACUAAACAAUGUCUAACAGAUUAUUUUAGUUUUUGUUUCAUAUUUCAGUGGUGAUCUUUUGUUUUGCCCCAAUUGUCACUUGUUAUACUCUUGAUUCACAGAUUUAUUUACUGCACUCCCAUCUGUUUAAAUGAAAGAUGCUCCAAAAUACUGCAAAAAAAAAAAACAUAACCUCUUUGUAAACGUGGCCCAAAUGUUGAAACAAACUAGUUUUGUCAGCGUCAGAACUAUUGACCAGACACAUCAAACACAACACACACUAAACCCACCGUAUACGUUUUGCUCUUAUGUGCGGUUGAUCUGUACAGUUUAUUUGCACAUUUGUUUAUCCAUUGCAUGUAUUUCAGCUCUCCGGUCACCGUGUACGUCGACGGACUUUAUAAAACUGUUAUUUAAGUUCUAAGUGGAAGUUUUGCUUUGUAAAUAUCUGUAAAUAAAACCAUCGAAUACUG